AUGGAUGGUUCGUUCAACAAUGUUAUUGAAGGGACGCGCCAAUAUUUUAUGGGAGUGCCUAAAGCACAAGAAGGAUCCGGUCAGUCAAUGUGGCCAUCGGGAACUCCACCGGAAGAGGGAACUCCAGCAAUGUCAGGGGCACCAGCGCCGUCGUCUCGUCCACCGUCUGCGGCAGCAGCGCCGCCUUCCACGCCAACACCGACACCAGUGGUGCCGCCACGACCUCCCUCUGAGCCCAUAGAACCGGAACCUCAUAUAAUACACAAAGCGACGGUGAUGAGAGAGGCUGCGGAAAAGCGCCGGGAGCAACCAGACCUUGAAGAUGAGGAAGAGCCUGUCGGGGCCAUUUCGCCUCCUUCUCAUAUCAUACGUAAACCGACACCACAUACCUUACCAUCACCGGCGCCAGCACCUGCGGCUCCUUGUCCUUCCCCUGCAAGGCCGCCAUCGUCACUUCCAAUUCAGCAAUGUCAACAGCCGGAGCAGCUAGAAUCUCCGCAAUAUCGAGCUUCACUGCAUCAAGUGCAAACACCAACUCCGCGACCUAUAGAAGACUUCUCUUCAGGACGCCCACCAGACCCUUACCCACAAAGUAGACCACCUGAAACAUACGCUCGUUAUCAGUAUGAGUCUUCAGCUCCAGACAGUAGCAGAAAUUCUCAUGGACCUCCUGUUCCUUCGCCGCAGCCGUCUACGAUUCCGCGUCAGAGUCCGCAGACAUACGCGCGUAUUUCGGGGACCAUGACACAGCAUUCAGUUCAUCGGUUAAAUGAAGCUAAUACGUCUAGUCCUCCUGCGCAAAGGUAUUCUAUGCCACCUCAAGCGCCGCCUCCACACAACGAUCGGGUUCCGCCUAUUUAUCAUCCACAGGUCCUACCCCCUACCAAACGAAUAUCAACAUCUGCAAGUGUGUAUGCAUCUUUACCUCACAGACGCGAACAAUCAACAUCCAUUUCGCGUUCAGCAUCACAUUUUGAAAGACAUGCUUCUCUUCCGCAAAGAAAGUAUGAUCCCCAACAUACAUAUUCUGGAUAUCGGCCUGGUUCUGCUUCGUUGCAACAUAACAUGGCAAACCAUCGGAUGGACCAACAUCAAGCCCUACCGUACAAACAUAGUGUGCCAGAUUCCUUAAAUUCACACUACACCUCUAGAUCUGAUCGUAGUUCAGCACCUAUUCAGCCACAUCCUCAGGAUCCUCUUAGAAUUCAAACAAGAAUGGACUAUAUAAGCAAAAAUGGAUCAGUAGAUACAAGAAAUAGUUACCAUUAUCCUACACCCUCGACAUCAUCGUCGAGAUAUCAUCCUAGUCCAUCAGUACCAGUUGUGCAACAAAAUUCAGCGACGUCCGUAAGGUCAUCUUAUCGGCAAGCAGUUGCUCCAAAGAGUAAUUAUUCGUAUCCUUCCUCAAAUCAUACAAAUAUGCAAACAUCGCCGUCUCGAUCUGCGAUUAAGUCAAGCUAUCCAAAUCAGCAAACACGUAUGACGGUGUCUGUGACGUCCUUAGUGAAUGAAUUGAAUCUAACCAAACAAAAGCGAGAAUCGCCGUUAGAUCUUUCGGUAAAAACAGUUAAAAAUUCAGCAGAUUCUUCCACAACUCAAGACGACGCCAUAGAUUCUGCGUCCAUAGAGAAUAAAUCUUUAUCGAUACAACCAAGACAACAACUGUCAAAUAAUAGACAUGCUUUAACCGAUCGCUUUGUAUCAUCUCAUAAAGUCGACUUUGCCCCAGAUUUUGCACAAUAUAGGGAACGUGUUCGAUAUGCUACUGCUUCACAACAAUGUAAUCCACCACAUAAUCCACCACAGAGGUAUAAUGUUCCGUAUGAAACUUCUCGCCCUAUGGGCGAAAAUUAUCCAGCAGAAUCUCGGCAACACGUGUACGCUGAAAGGGCAAAGUAUAACAGUUCUUCCAUGAGUAGAAAUGAAUAUGUCCCCCGAAUCGACUUGACGAGAACGGUUACUGAUGAGCGUCUUGUAGACAGUCGAAGAAGAGAGGAUGGAAGAUUUGAAGAACGAAAACGCACUGCAGGUCCAGUUGUCAGCAACAUUCCAGAAAAAAUUAUGCGUCGUGAGGCGUGGCCGGCUGACACUCGAGAAAGACUAAGUCAGUCAGCUAGGGAACAGCGGGAUCUUAUGAGCCGCCCGGUAUAUGACUAUACAAGUCAUAUGUCAAUGAAACAGCCUGCACACAGUUACCAUGAUAGUCGUAUGUCUGUCAAUCAACCCUAUUCCAGAGGAAUAUACGCAAUUGAAAGUUCCAGUAAAGAAACUGCUGAUUAUCGUAAUCAUUAUCACGAAAGAUAUGCUAAUCGGCACAUCAUACAAAAAACUUCUCAUCGGGACAUACAUCAGCAUCAUCUCAAUUUGCCCAAUGGCAUACCACAGGCAGAAAAAAGCAAGGUUCUAAGCAUACUUAGAAAUAGUUUAGAAACAAGACAAUCCGCUUCUUUAGAAAACGUUAAACCAAGCACAAUUCCAGAUCUUAUUGUUAUAGACGAUGUAGACGAUUCUGUUAUAGAGAUAACUGAUUUAACGAAAGAAAAUGAGAAAGAAGCUCAUAAUAAAAAUCAUUAUAGAGUAGGCGGAAGCAAAGAGCCUCCAAAUCUUGGGAACCAUAUUCAAAUGCCGAAAGCCGUUGAUUCAAUACCUUGUGAUACAGAUUAUCAAAAACUAGAUAAUGCUGACUCUAAGAGUAAAUCACCAGAAAACGAUGUUGCAUCAAGGAUUAGAACUAAGGCUGAACUUAAAGUUAUGCCACCAUCACAAGACUUGGUAAAAUUGGAAUCACGCCCAAAAGCUACAUUGAUUAAUAAUACCGAAAAAUCUCUUCCAAAGUCACAGAAGCAACAUUUGUUUAACCAGAUUCGGCAAGAUAAUCUUCGGUUAGAAUCGGUUGUACUAAACCACAAUUUAAAUGAGGUUGAUAUUUCCGAAGUUAAAUCGGAACCUAUGAACAUAGAAGAAAUAGAAAAAGACGCCAUGUUGUCCAUUAAAACUGAAAAUAUAAUUGAAGAAGAAAUUCUUAAUAACUCUAAAGGUGACGUUGACUCUUUAGAUAUGGAUUGGGCCAGUGCUUGUGAUAGUUUUAUGGAACAAUUAGAAACUGGCAACCAUAAAACGAAAGCUAAUGCUAUUGAAAUAGGCUUAAAUUGUAAACAAGAUAUUGAAACAAAAGAUGUAACGAAUAUUAAUAAAAUAGAAGAAUCUGUAAAUAUUGUAGAAAACUUCACGGACAACACAGCACCUAUUAUAAAUAUAAAACAAGAACCACUAGAAGAAGAAGAAACUAAACCUUUGGAUGAACUCUCUCAAGAAUUACAAGAAACCAUUAAGUUAAAAGAAGAUAAAAUUAUUAAAUCCAAAAAGGUAGAAAAGUCACUUAUCGAUAAAGCAAUUAAAAACAAAACCUUAAAUAAGAAUAAAUGUAAAAGAAAAAGGGAGUCGACAACUUCAUCUCCUAUUAAACCGGUCAAAAAAGAAAAGGAGAAAAGUAUUGCUAUAAAAACAAUAAUAAAACAAGAGACCGAAUCAACUGAUGAUGACGAACCUUUAAUAAAAAGUAAGAUUUUAAAAGAAAAAGAAAGAAGUGAACAAUUGAAGUACCAAUUGCUUAAAGAUCUGUCUGAGAAAUCGGCUAUUGUUAAGCUUGAAUGUUGCAAUAGUACAAGAAUGUCAAUAGAGUCUACUCAAACUAAAGAUAAUGAUGACAAACAAAUUAAAUCCAAACAAACAAGAUCGAGUACAAGAUCAAAGAGUAAAUUGUCUACUGAAAAUAUUAAGAAUGAACCAAAUAAUGACGAAUCUAGCACAGAAAGCGAAGUAGAUUCAUUAACUCUAUCCACUAGACUUAGAACGCGUAAGAAAACUAAAAGUGACGAUAAAACAAUACCUAUUAGUAAAACGUCGGUGAAAUCGUCACCGUCAAAAAAACUUGACAACAGUAGUGCUAGUAAUAGAUCUACUCCUGUGCGAAAAUCUGGUUUUGGUGAUGGUUCAGAUUUCCACCCUGGCUGGGAAGAAGAGCUGUACAGAUACAAAAGGUCACUACGCAUGCCCACAAGACUGAUAGCUAUUCCAAGAGGCCGUUCGGAUGGCCCAUUUGUUAAAGGCACUAAUUCACAGUUUCCACGAGGCUCCACGUCUCUGCCGGACUUAGACCCUGUGCCCCUGUCUCCAGCUCCUUCAUCGGCUCCAUCAGUAGUUACAGAUGAAUUAUACAGACGAGCGGAAAAAACAAACUUGGAUAGUGACUUAGAAUCAAAUUCUAGUUAUUCUACGCCCAAUAGAUUACAUUAUGAUUCGGAAGCUUCAACGUCGACCGUAAUAUCGACAACAAAACCUAGGAAAAAUCGAAGCUCAAUUGUAGAUGAACUCAUAAAGAAGUGUGGUAGUAGAGAUUCUUCCAGGAAGAAAUUUAAAGAAGACAAAAACCUCAAGAUGGUAACGAAAUCGUCAAACGUGACAGAACUGCUUCCUACACCAAGUUUAGGUUUAAUUAAAAAUGGCCACAAGACCAACUUGGGUGGAAAAAAAGAAAAAAUAUUAGAGGACAUAUUUUACUUGGGAACUUUCAGAAAAGAAACGGUCACCGCAUUUCGAGAUGCUUUUAUUAAAGAUACUAACGGCUUAAUCGGUGCGACGGAAGAGUUUGCACCAUUGAUGUUAAAAUCAAGGACAAGGACAGAAAGCAGAGUUUUAAAACAAAGAGCAACUAUUAAGGAAGUAUUUGGUGAUGAUAGACCCGCUUCCGCCCCACCAACAUCUUGUAGAGAAGAAGAAGCCGAGGAGACAGUUAUUGAAGUAAAAAAGGAACCUGAAUGUAAACCCAAAAUGAAGCCGAAAAUCUCGAAAGAUAAACUAAAACGACGCUCAAAUUCAAUUAGAGAUGGCUUGAGAAGCACAGCCUUAAAAAGGAAUGAUGCUAAGGGUCGAAUGAUGAGGUUGAAGAAGAGAAAUAAUUUACUCAAAAAUAUGUCUGGAAAACGAAUAAAGGAAAUAUGUAGUAAACCAAAAAAAGAAAAAAGCCCACUACUUGAAGAGAAAGCAACAACAAAGGAGGAAGGUACUUCAUUAAUUACUUCAGAAGGCCCUGCAAAGAAACGAUUUAAGCGUUUAUUUGGAAGAAGAAAACUUAGUUCAGGCUUUGAUUAUAUAAGGAAGAAGAAGAAACCGAUUAAAAAGGAAGAAAAUGUUAACAAAGUACGCCGUUUGGCUCCGAAACCAAGUCCGGAAUCCGUCCAUGAUAUUCAAAAAGAGAUUAAAGGCUGGUUCAUUAACAAAAGUAUUGGAGAAACCCAUCUACACCGGGCUGCCAGACUUGGAUUUACAGAUUGCGUUGCUUACUGCUUAGAAAAGAUGGAGUCCGAUCCAUCUGCAAAGGACAACGCUGGUUUUACUCCAUUGCACGUAGCGGCGGCUAGAGGACAUGUCAGAAUCGCACGAUUACUUCUACAAUAUGGUGCUAAUGUUUCUGCUGCAGCACAAGGAGGAAUCAGGCCCCUGCAUGAAGCGUGUGAAAGUAGUCAUAUAGAAAUUAUUCGUCUACUACUCUCCUAUGGGGCGGACCCACUUUUGGGAACAUAUGCGGGCCAAACGCCAGAGGAACUGGCUGAAGGUACAGCGGCAAAGCUACUUCGCCUUUACAUAGCAGAUGUGCAGGGCCUGUCAGUAGACCCCUGGAGAUUUCCGCCACCUAGCAAAAUUAUUGAUCGAGAAGAGAUGGGAUGCGAACCCCUAUCUUUCCCGCCACCCGCUUCGCCUCCUACCCCUGACUCUACCAUAGAGAUACAAUGCACAGACACCCCUCUACCACCGUUCUAUAGUCUGCGGACUGCUACUGGCCAGCCAGCAGAUGGUUUAUGGUGCCUUUUACAGGAUGUAACGAAUAUCUUACAGAUAAAAUCAAAGGAGUCAUUACUGAAACAGAUACAUUGCGGGUCAGGUUCACCAAAGGAGCUACUCCGCGAAAUAAGAACACAAGAGUUUUUAGAGAGAGCCCAGUGUCACCAACUUCUUUGUGCUGGCGAAAAAGUCAACAUACGGGCUUCAAAGGUCGCAUUAAUACGGGUUACAGAUAAACUGAGGCAACUUUUGAAAAUUGAGACUAUACUUGUCAGCUGA